GGACACCAUUGCAUAUUUUCUGAAUCGAUGGAAGCAUACACAGAGUUUACAAUUUACUUUUGGUUGUUAUACUUGUUGUUAUUCGGUCCAUUUACGUUUGUAGUUUGCGUUUAUUUACCCGAGAUACCAGUAUAUUUUAUUAAGAGUAUAAUUAAAGGUCAAAAUAUUUAGUUAUUGUUAUGUGCAUAUAGUAUAUUUAAGAAUAAUGCCUUCUCUUAAUUUCUAUCACUUUAAUAAUUUACUAAUGCAUAUGCUAGCGUAAAAUAAACAUUAAAUGUUUUGCUUAUCGCUAAAA